CAAAACUGGCUGUGGACUUCUUGCUUUUACCUUUUUAUUAUUAAACACGCUGCUUUAAUAUUUUACUUGUUGGAGUUAGCUUUAGGACGCCUGUUUUAUAUCGUAUAAAUAGAGAAAAAUAGAUAAAAAAGAUAGAUAUAUGGCCGAUUUUGGCCGCCGCUGCAACAGGAUGCUCACUUUGAACACUCAAUGUUGUAGCCUGUGGCUUUGACAUAGCAGCGAAAAAUCUUUGACAUUUUUCACAUUUUUGGAAAAGAAGCCUGCUCGUACGCCCACAAUAAAAACCUCACACGUUGUUUAGUCCCUGUCAGAUCUUCUGAAAGUGCAGAGCAGUCCUCGGCGUUCACAAAAAACACACCCCGAGUGAAGAACAGUUUUUUGGACAAGAUGACGAUCGAAAACGUUGCUGUUCUCCCUUUCUCCAGAUUCGCCUCAGCCGGGAGUUGUGCUCGGAGCUUUGGACGGAGCCUUUUCAAAACAACUCGGAGGAAAAACACCGAGGAGACUUGUUGCUUCAACGCGUUCGUGGUGUUUCUUUUCAACAACGCGUCCUCAUCGAACUUUUGUGUCUCUCCUUAGUCGGCUCCAGGCUUUAGCUUGGAGACUCAACCGCCACCAUUGAUCCCAGCAGCUGGAGCGGCAGCGAGAGUCCUGCCGAGGACCUGGAGAGGAUGAGCGACUCGGCAGACAAGCCCGUAGACAAUGAUGCUGAAGGAGUGUGGAGUCCUGACAUCGAGCAGAGCUUCCAAGAAGCGUUGGCAAUCUAUCCUCCAUGUGGUCGCAGGAAAAUCAUCCUCUCAGAUGAGGGAAAGAUGUAUGGUCGAAAUGAGCUGAUAGCACGGUAUAUCAAGCUUCGGACUGGGAAGACGAGGACCCGAAAGCAGGUGUCUAGUCACAUACAGGUCUUAGCAAGAAAGAAAGUUCGAGAAAUCCAAGCUGCCAUUAAGGUGUCUAGUCACAUUCAGGUUCUUGCCAGAAGGAAAUCUCGUGAGUUUCAUUCCAAGCUAAAGGUUACAAACAUGGACCAAGCCGUGAAGGACAAAGCCCUCCAGAGCAUGGCCUCCAUGUCCUCAGCUCAGAUCGUCUCUGCCACGGCUAUUCACAACAAACUGGGCCUGCCAGGCAUCCCGCGCCCAGCCUUCCCUGGAGCAGGGUUGUGGCAGGGAAUGAUAUCAACUGGCCAGCCAGGAUCCUCGCAAGAUAUUAAACCUUUCAGCCAACAAGGCUAUCACACCCAACCAUCGGUCACAGCAGCCGUAACAAAUUAUGAGCCCACACCAGCUCCAACAGCUCCAGCAUGGCAGGGUCGCUCUAUUGGAACGUCAAAACUCCGACUAGUUGAGUUUUCAGCCUUCCUAGAGCAACAGAGAGACCCAGACUCAUACAACAAGCACCUGUUUGUACAUAUUGGACAGACAAAUCAUUCCUACAGUGACGCCCUGCUGGAGUCGGUGGACAUUCGUCAGAUUUAUGAUAAAUUUCCUGAGAAGAAAGGAGGACUGAAGGAACUGUAUGGAAAAGGUCCACAAAAUUCCUUCUUCCUCAUUAAGUUCUGGGCUGACUUGAACUGUAACAUUCAAGAAGAGAGCGGGUCUUUCUAUGGAGUCACGAGUCAGUAUGAAAGCUCAGAGAACAUGACCAUCACAUGCUCAACAAAGGUCUGCUCCUUUGGCAAACAGGUGGUGGAAAAAGUUGAGACUGAAUACGCACGGUUUGAGAACGGACGCUUUGUCUACAGAAUAAGCCGCUCUCCCAUGUGUGAAUACAUGAUCAACUUCAUCCAUAAGCUAAAACAUCUACCAGAGAAAUACAUGAUGAACAGCGUGCUGGAGAACUUCACAAUCUUAUUGGUGGUGACAAACAGGGACACCCAGGAGACGCUGCUUUGUAUGGCCUGUGUAUUUGAAGUGUCGAACAGUGAGCACGGCGCCCAGCAUCACAUCUACAGACUGGUGAAAGAGUGAGGAGUACCAGGUGUCUCCUUAACCCUCUGCUUUUCACAGACUUUCAAACCUCAAUACGAGUGGCAGUGCCUCUACCUGAAAGUCACACUGACAAUGCUUUUUGGCCAUGGUAACGGGUGAAGUCCUUUUGUUUAAAUGUAAAUGUUAUUUGACUGCAGCUGUGUAUUGCGGUACAGUUGUUAAAUGUAUAACGAUGGGAAAUUGUGCUUGAAACGUGUCAUGUUUUGUCUAUGUUGGGUAUAAAUGUGGCCGAUCUUAAAGACUAUACUAGAUUUAUUUGUGUUGUCAAAAUCUGCUCUGCUAUUUAGACUAAAAAAAUACAGCUGCUGGCCUUUAAUACCAGCAGCUUGAUCUGUGAUCCUUGUAAUAUGUUCACUGGUGUUUUUUAUGUCUGUUGUUCAACAUUUGUCAUCGUAUUUACUGUAGACUUACUGACAACAGAUUUUCCAAAGAAACACUACAUACACAGUAGCUAAAAACUACAUUUGCUAUAAACAAAUCACUACAAAUUUCAGACACUAAAAGGUUUUUUGUUUGUUUGUUUGUUUUGCUUAUGUCAGCUCUUGGAAAAUCUCGGCCGUUUCCUAAACCUAUCUGAGAAUAUCAAUUUUUAUUUCCUCAAAUGACUCUAACCAGACUGAUCUUUCUCAAAAGCACUUUGUUCACAUUCCUGGACUUGCCUUACUGACAUAUUAGCAGACCUGUGAUGAAUAGUGUGACUAAUCACAUUAACACUAAGAGUAACUCAGCAGAGAUUAAGUUUGUGGUGGCCAUGGCCCCGUGAUGAAGUGACAUCUUACUCCUUCAAGGUCGUGGUACGAAAUCAGCUCAGAGUUUCUGCCUUUUUAUCCUAACUGUGUUCACACGUUUCUGUGGCCUACACUGAUCCCGAGCCUUAAACAUUAUGCUAGCUGUGUGUAAACUCCUAAUGAUGCCACAAAGACUGUGAUGUCUACAUAGAAAAAAAACAGUCCUGAUACAAACAGCCAAAGUGUAAGUGUACAGUGCCUUAAAAGUUAUUCUUACAUCACCCUUUUGCUUUAUUUUCAAGUUAAAAAUCAAUGACGUCACCGUUUUUGCAUCUGUUGACUUUUGUUCCUAAACCUUACGCUUUCAGAAUUCUGUUGCUUUGGUUCACAGGUGAACGUGAAAAACUUUUCUCCUACCAGUGACUGUCUUUUUUGUUACAAAAGACCAAAAAUACAGAGGUACAGUCAGUCCUUAGUCCUGUCCUGCAUGGUAGCAAGGAAGUGCCUUUAAUUCAAAAUUAAAAUCCUCAAAAGAUUAAACACAGAGUGAAAAAAGAAAUCAAGACCAAAAAGGAGAUUUUAAGUGAGACCAAUCACCACAUUGCCUUUUCACAGCAUUGUAAUGACCACACGACAGAGCUGAAAAAUCUAUCUUUUGAUCUUGUAAAUUGAUUGUAAUAACUAUAUAGUUGAAGAAAAAUAUUGACUUGAGGUGAGAGAAUGCAACACCAGCUGAUAAUAUACAGCCAUGAGCUGCAGAGGAUCAGGGCCAACUGGAUGGCUUUUUACGCUUCUAAUGUUACCCCUAAGUCAGAGUGUAGUCUGCCCCCACCCCACCCCCUGUCAGAAUUCAGGCAUAGGAUGACCACUGUGAAACCAACUUCACUGUGCCAAUUUACAUGUGUGACAGGAGUGAUAAAGUCACAUUUAACCAGGGAUGGACACGACUGAUUGAUUUUGAAUAACAACUUUGACAUUAAAAGUCUAUUGGUGAUGUAGAUUUUUAAACAAAUUAUGUCCAGGCUGUGCUAAAUCGACCACCGUGUUGUUCCACUACUUUGCCACACGGGGGCUACAGUUAGUCACAUCUCCCAGCAUUAGACAUACACAGGCGAACGAUGCAGCCAGUGCUGCAGCCCACAAAGUAUAUUUGAAAAUACUUUGAUGCAAGUUGUAAUUUAAGUGUAAUAACAUGUAUAUGGCACGUGUUUAACUGAAUAUAUUGGUCCAGCUGUUGUGGAAACAUUGAUAUGUUGCAGUAUCUUGAUACUUUCUGAACUCCUGACUCCAGUCACAUAAUUCUGACAGAAUUAGAAAGAACGUGGCCUGUGUUCUCUUGAUGUAACAGACAUCAGGCUGAGUCCCUGUGCUCUGAGCACACUUGCAGGUUCAAGUGUGUUUUAUUUAAAGACUGAGAGAAACUCCUAUAACUAUUUUGUCCCCUCCUGUAUCUGUACAUGGUAUACUCUGCAGUAGACGUAAAGGGCAGUCAUUAGUUGGACUCACUGUUUGUCUGCCUGUAUCCAUGUAGUCCAAAUAAGUGUCCAUGUGUCCCACAUGGACUUGCUGGCUGGGCUGUGACUUAACGACAGCAGGAAACACCAGGCACUUUACGCUGGCGUUACCUUCAACAUCACACACAGCUGUGAUGAACCAGCCAGAGAUGUGUUACCUUUUAUCACUACAUAUCUCUGUCAACAACCUUGGAGAGUUUGUAUUGAAUUUAUCAGCAUUUGUGAUUCAAACCUAGUUCAAACCUGCUGUGGUCAAGGCCUUUUGUGAAUACACUCGCUGUUUUCUACAGUUUAAUUAACUGAUAUACUUAAAUCAAAUAUCUAAUUUCAGACGAUGUCUCUGGUAGAUGCAGAUCAAUGUCAGACAUUCAGUAUUUUUAUUUUUUUUGCCACAGUCCUGGAGACACUGCAGUGUUGACGGGCCUUUCGUUUGUGUUUACCCUGUGUAUCGGUUUGCAUUUAAUGUAGUGAAACGUUGUUAAUAUACUCGUAUCCAGUUGUAUUUGGUUGUGUGAUGACAUUGUCUGUGUGUGGCAGGCCUGGUUCGGUGGCGAUGAUGUUACUGCUGCACUGCUGGUACAUUCGGAUGUGUCGUUUUCACAGCAGGGCUGAGGUCAAGAGAGGAUUGACGCUCAAAAAUUACCAGCAGAUUUGCAGAAUCGUGCUACACACAUCAGCAGUCUGGCUAUUAUUGUUUGUUAUUCUGUAGGUACUGGUACCUUUUUAUGUCUCUACCCUAUGACCUUUUUUAGACGGCGGCUUUAAAGUGAUGCUCCACUGAGCUCAUGUAUAGUUGUCAUACACACAUUUGAGUUUUCUGUGCAGAUGUUGAUGCUUUGUUUUUGUUUUUUAACUGUAAAAAAAGGUUUCUUUGUACAAAGCUAUAUCCUGGCAUUUGUUGGUACACGUGUGAUAUCUUUUCAGAUGAUGAUGAUGUUGGGGGAUAAAAGACUCUCUGCCGUGUUUCUGUGUUUUGCAUAUGGUCUUGUCUUUGCUCUGUAACUUUAUGAUGCCUUCUUGAUAUUAUAGUUAUUUUGUAGCUUUCUACCUUCAUGUAUGCAAUAUUGAAGUAAAAUAAAUCUGAAAGGGUA